AUUCGCCACUUUGUCUGUGAAAUUCUGGCUAUCCUGAAGCUGACCUGUGGUGAUAUUUCAAUCAAUAUAAUCAGCAUGACAGCAUCAAAUCUCAUUGCUAUAGUUGCUCCCUUGCUAGUAAUUUCCAUCUCUUACAUUUGUAUUGUUGUUACCAUCAUAAGAAUUCCUUCCACUGAAGGGAAACGUAAGGCCUUCUCUACCUGCUCUUCCCACCUCACUGUGGUGAUUAUAUUCUAUGGAUCGCUCUUCUCCAUGUAUACAAAGCCCGAGUCUCAAAACCCUGCUGAUGCAGAUAAUCAAGAUAUCCUCCAAGCUGUCACUGCCCUCUCCUAUGGGGUGAUGACUCCAAUGCUCAACCCUCUCAUCUAUAGUCUGAGGAACAAGGAUGUAAAGGCUGCUGUCAAGAAUAUGCUGGGUUGCUAA